UGGUAAUCUAUUUGUUUUUAUCAUGUUCGGCUUGUUGUUGUUAUUGUCGUCGUUGCCUUAUGGUAUCGUCCUUGUAUUGUUCUGUCGAUGUUCUCGUUUGCCUGUUGUAUAUUUUUUGGUGUUUUCCUUAACUGCAUUUUGAUAACUAUUGAUUUUGCCAUCAACACAUGGUUCGAGCGUAUCUCGAUACUGGUGAUUUUAUUCAACUGCGUCACCCUGGGCAUGUAUCAGCCGUGUGUGGACGAUGCCUGCGAAACGAAUCGUUGCAAAAUAUUGCAGACAUUCGAUGAUAUCAUCUUCGCCUUCUUCGCCUUGGAAAUGUGCAUUAAAAUGGUCGCCAUGGGAAUCUAUGGCAAGACCACCUAUCUGGCUGACUCUUGGAAUCGUUUGGAUUUUUUCAUUGUACUGGCUGGGCUCUUGGAAUAUGUUAUGCAUGUGGAGAAUUUGAAUUUGACCGCCAUACGGACAAUCAGAGUUUUGAGGCCGCUGCGGGCCAUUAAUCGAAUACCAAGUAUGCGUAUUUUGGUAAUGCUGUUACUGGACACCUUGCCCAUGCUGGGCAAUGUCUUGUUGCUGUGUUUUUUCGUCUUCUUUAUAUUCGGCAUUAUCGGUGUCCAGUUGUGGGAAGGUAUAUUGAGGCAACGUUGUGUCCUUGAGCUACCCGCAUUUAUCAAAGUGCCCAUGAAUGUGUCCUAUUACUAUGAGUUUUCCAAGGAACAGGAUUACAUAUGCUCCAAGCCCGAAGAUUCUGGCAUGCAUUUGUGUUCGGAUUUGCCACCGUAUCGUAUUGGGCCCAUGAUUUGUACAGAGGCCGCCAUUCCUAUGCAAGACAAUUUACCCACCAAUACAUCAUGCGUCAAUUGGAAUCAAUACUAUUCACACUGCACCCAAAUGGGUUUGAAUCCCUUUCAGGGUACCAUAUCCUUUGAUAACAUUGGCAUGGCCUGGGUGGCCAUAUUUUUGGUAAUAUCCUUGGAAGGCUGGACAGAUAUUAUGUACUAUGUACAGGAUGCACACAGUUUUUGGGAUUGGAUCUAUUUUGUGCUAUUAAUUGUUAUCGGUUCAUUUUUCAUGAUCAAUCUAUGCCUUGUCGUCAUUGCCACCCAGUUUAGUGAGACAAAGAAACGUGAAAUGGAACGUAUGCGCCAGGAGAGGGCACGCUACACAUCCACCUCCACCUUGGCAUCCAGCACGAACAACUCCGAACCGGCCACAUGUUAUGCGGAAAUUGUCAAAUACAUAGCUCAUCUGUGGCGCCGCUUCAAACGACGAAUGAUAAAGAAGUACAGAUUAUAUAAAUAUCAGCAGCAGCAACGCAAGGAAGGCCUCUUGCCAAAUGCCGAUAAUUUGACAUUUUCUCCAUCCCGCAUUAAAUGCCAUCAUCCGAAAUGCCCCAAAUAUCCAGGACCACCUCGAAAACCUUCCAAUAUACAAGAUCAAAUGAUAACGGUUAUGGUGCCACUCAACUCCAACAACAAUCUAAGUGGCAACAACAAUAAUCAUCACAAUCAGUCACAACAGAUGACAACAACUACAGCGGCCAGCAUGCAACAGGUCCAACAGCAAGCGGGCCAGCAGCAGCAGCAACAGCGUUCCAAUUCAACAACAACAACUACUCAAACCCCAAUGGGCCUAAUAAAUGGCCUGAACAACGGCAACAACAGUCAUAGCCAAACAGGCCGUCAUCAUUCGUCCUCGGAAAAUUCCGUACAAUCUUUGGACAAUGGUUCCACAGCAGGCCACAAAAAUGGCAGCGAUAACAAAAGAAUUCAAAAUGCCACAAAACCAGAGACGGAGUCUUUAAUGGCCAAACAACAGCAACAGUUGCAAGUAAUUCCUGGCCCCCAGCAGCAGCAGCCACAACAACAGAAAACCAUUCUAUUGAAAUUUCCACAAAAUCUAAUGGAAACAGAUCAACUGAUUCUCCAGUUGGGAACUCUAGGCAAGACCCAUCCAUGUACCUCGGGCUUUUUGAGUCCGCCCACGGCGGGCAGCCGUCGUCCCUCGGUUAUGUUCAAUGAAUAUGUGUUAUUGCAUACACCGCCGGCGUUAAAGGAGGCACCGGCAAACACCACAGAGAAAACGGUGUGUUCAUCGGAGAAAAUGACUCAGGCUGGAGAUGGCAGCAUAUGGCAGGUGAAUUUACCACAAACUCUGGCUAGCAUUGCCAAUCCUUAUGCGGACUGUUCUGAUUUGGGUAUACACGACGCCAUGACUUGUCAAGAGCUUUUAGCAUUUUCUGUGGCAUUUUCAGCUGCCCUGCCGACGGGUCAGAGUACAUUGGAAUCGUUUUACUCCUCUCUGGCACGUUGUGAUCCCCACACAGCUGAGGCCAUUAAAAACCAACAGAAUCUGGAAAAUUCCAAGCAACAGCAGGCCCAACAACAAUUGUCACAGCAGCAGCAGCACCAACAACAGCCCGUGCAGGCAUCACAACAUCGCAGUAAACACAAAAGCGGUGGUGACAGCCACCACAAAACCUCCAAUGGCGGUACCGUACGAGGUGAUCGUGAUGCCAAGACAAAUACCGGCAAUUACAUUGAAGACUAUUCCUGUUGUUAUGAUCUCUACCAGAAUGCCCUGUCGCCGCUGGAUGAAAAGAAAAAGAAACAACGCUCGAAGGUGAUGAAUGCCAUAAUAACAGUGUAUCGCUGUGUCUGGCGUGUCUGUAGCAUUGCUCGACGUUAUGUCAAACGUUUGGUGGAACAUAAAUAUUUCCAGCAGGGCAUUCUGCUGGCCAUUCUCAUCAACACCCUGUCCAUGGGCAUUGAAUAUCACAAUCAACCCGAGGAAUUGACCGUCAUCGUGGAGACCAGCAACAUUGUGUUCUCGGCCAUAUUUGCCGUGGAAAUGUUACUCAAAGUGGUGGCCGAAGGACCAUUUCGUUAUAUAGCCAAUGGUUUUAAUGUCUUCGAUGGUGUCAUUGUGAUCUUAAGUGCCAUUGAAAUAUGCCAACAAUUUCUGGGCAAUGGCACCGGCGGCGGUGGUUCCGGCCUUUCGGUGUUACGUACCUUCCGUCUGCUGCGCAUCCUAAAGCUGGUACGCUUUAUGCCCAAUUUGAGACGUCAAUUAUUUGUCAUGCUGCGCACCAUGGACAAUGUGGCUGUGUUCUUUUCCCUUUUGGUCCUGUUCAUAUUCAUAUUUAGUAUACUUGGCAUGAAUCUAUUUGGAUGUAAAUUCUGCGAAACAAUUGACUCGGACCGGAUAUGUGAUCGCAAAAAUUUCGACAGCCUGCUGUGGGCGCUGGUCACAGUGUUUCAGAUUCUGACGCAGGAAGACUGGAAUGUUGUCCUGUUCAACGGCAUGGAAAAGACCAGUCAUUGGGCUGCACUGUACUUUGUGGCCCUAAUGACGUUCGGCAACUACGUCCUCUUUAACUUGUUGGUUGCCAUUUUGGUUGAGGGAUUCAGUUCAGAGCGAAAUGAACGUCGUGAACGGGAACAGCGCGAGUUGGUUAAGAAACUGCGCGAGGAAACAUUGGCCGAAAACUAUAGCGAUGCUAUGUACGAUGAAUCGCACAGUGAAAUUGAUUCAUCUUCGACCAAUGAAAGUUACUAUGAAGUGCGUAAUCGUUGGCACAGCGCCGAAGACAUACGAAAGCUACAGGAUUCCGCUGAAAUGUUUGUUGAAAACGCAAAAAGCAAUAUACAAAAACAACGAAUGCUACCACCUGGCACUGGCACUGGCAGUCGUGGUGAGCAUCAGCUAAAGGAUAACAAUGCUAUAAGUACCCAACCAGGCAGUGUUCCUUUAAACGGUUUGAAUAGAAAAUUUUCAGAAAAGGAUUUCAGUAAAUCCGAAGAAGAAAGAAAGCCCUUGAAAAAGGUAAGAAGGCAAAUAAUUGGAGUUGUAGAUAUACUCAUCGCAUUUCUUUUUUCUAUUUCCUUCGUUCGGAAGACAUAUUCGAUACGUGAUCGACGAGCUGAUGUACCACGCCUUGCCAAAAUACGACCCAUGCGUGAGCCGCCCAUUAUCACCACAACAGCCGCUACGCCGCAAGAUUCGCCAAAUACGACAAUGGAGUCUGGUACGAGUUUCCGUAAUUGGGGCCAAGCAGACGACGAUAAGGUUGAGAGUCCCGGCUCGCCCUCGUUACUUCGACCACCAACCAUAUUCAGCAGUGGUCAACGGUCGCUGGAUGAAGGCAUCCCUUCAAUAGACCUAAUUCCACCAUCUCCUGUCUUGCCCCACAAAUCUGCAAUAAAUAUCUUAAAUCCCAGCCAAUUAGAAAGCAAUACAACAGCCGUCACAGCCACGACCUCAAGUUGUUCUCUGCUACCCACUGGCCUCAACGGCUCGAGUUCGGUGGCCGGUGCCGGCGGCAGCAUACAUCACAGUGUUGUUAUCGAUUAUAUAUCGAAAGAUCCCACCACUGCAACAUCGGGUCCAAUUUAUGUACCCACCAUAUCCUCGACAGCUGCCAAAUUGCAAUUGCCCAGCUUUGGUCGACCCGAGUCAAGCGUCACAUCGAACAGUGCCACCUCGUUGAGUUCCAAUCUACCCGAAACAAAUGAACCACUACAGCGUUUGCCCAGCAUUAAACGUUUUCGUCGCACAAGUUCCAAGAGAAAAAAACAGGAGCUGAUGACACCAGAAGAUCUGGAACAUCAACUCAACAAUGGCAGUGACAAUUCCUGCCUACUGACCGACUGCUCGCCGGCCCGUUCCGAUGUUUUCCUCAAGCCCAGCACACCGAAUAUGGGCAUAAAGAAUAAAGACACCAAUCGCCUCAGUCCACAGAAUUCCAUACGACGUCUGUCGGCCUCCCUGAGCAUAGGUAGUGGAGUACCAGGCAGUCGACGAGCCUCAGCCUGCCUUUUCAACUCGCAAAUGUAUCAGAAUCUCAAUCAAUCCAGUAAGUUGCAUGCGUAUCCCAGCAAACGACGCAUGUCCUCCAUUGAGUUGGCCUUCACCAAAACUUCGCAUCUGAAUCUACACAACCUGGAACCAUCGCGCAAAUCUCUGUCCUACACCAACUCCAAACUGGACUUGGACAAGUGGCAAAAGAUGUACACCACCAAUGAGACGGACAUGUUGCAGCAGUACAUCCAGGAACGUGAGAAACGGAAAAACUCCAUCUGCCAGUUUCCCAAGAAACGGCAUGAAGAGGAUGGUGGCAGCAGCAAGGAAGAACAUACCAAGGAGCAACAACAUUCCUAUUUUCUAUCAUCGGAUCGGUUUUCCAAGGUUAAGAUGCUCAUUGAUCGCCUGAUCCCGCACGACUUUACAAAUGAGCGUAGAACAUAUUCGCUGUACAUAUUCUCGGAAGACAAUAGGUUUCGACGCAUCUGUUCAUGGUUUGUCAACCAGAAAUGGUUCGACAAUGUGGUUCUAUUGUUCAUAGCUCUCAACUGCAUUACCUUGGCAAUGGAACGACCCAAUAUACCACCGGACAGUACGGAACGUCUGUUCCUGUCAACAGCCAAUUAUGUGUUCACCGCAGUCUUCACUGUGGAAAUGUUUGUAAAGGUUGUUGCUGCUGGUAUGUUUUAUGGUCAAGAUGCCUACUUUACAUCCGGCUGGAAUAUCAUGGACGGUUCUUUGGUGACGAUAUCCAUCAUUGAUCUGCUUAUGUCACUGAUUAGCGCAUCGAGUCCGAGAAUUUUUGGGAUUUUAAGGGUGUUUCGGCUACUUCGUUCCCUGCGGCCUUUGCGCGUUAUCAAUCGAGCGCCGGGUUUGAAAUUAGUCGUGCAAACGCUCUUAUCGUCCCUUCGACCUAUCGGCAAUAUCGUUCUGAUCUGUUGCACCUUCUUCAUUAUCUUCGGGAUUUUGGGUGUCCAGCUGUUCAAGGGCACCUUCUACUACUGCGAGGGUGAGAACAUUAAGAACGUCAGCAAUAAGACCGAAUGCCUCAGCAUUCCGGGCAAUGCAUGGGUCAAUCGCAAAUACAACUUUGACGAUUUGGGCAAAGCCCUGAUGUCCUUGUUUGUGCUGAGUUCCCGCGACGGCUGGGUAAAUAUCAUGUACACCGGCCUGGAUGCGGUCGGAGUCGACCAGCAGCCCAUCGUCAACUACAACGAAUGGCGGCUGCUGUACUUCAUUGCCUUCAUUCUGCUGGUGGGCUUCUUUGUCCUCAACAUGUUCGUGGGAGUUGUUGUGGAGAACUUCCAUAGGUGUCGCGAGGAGCAGGAGAAGGAGGAGAAGAUACGUCGAGCUGCCAAGAGGGCCCUGCAAAUGGAGAAGAAACGUCGGCGAAUGCAUGAGCCGCCCUACUACAUCAACUACUCGCCCUCGCGCAUGUUUGUCCACAAUGUGGUCACUUCGAAGUACUUUGAUUUGGCGAUUGCGGCUGUCAUCGGCUUGAAUGUGGUGACAAUGGCCAUGGAGUACUACAUGAUGCCGGCAUCACUGCAGUAUGCCCUGAAAAUCUUCAACUACUUCUUUACGGCUGUGUUCAUCCUCGAAGCCAACAUGAAGCUGGUAGCUCUGGGAUGGCGUCUCUACAUGAAAGACAAAUGGAAUCAACUGGACGUGGGCAUUGUCCUGCUGUCCAUCAUCGGCAUCGUCCUGGAGGAGCUGAAGACCAAGGUCAUUCCCAUCAAUCCCACCAUCAUUCGUGUGAUGCGCGUCUUGCGCAUAGCACGAGUCUUGAAGCUGCUGAAAAUGGCGAAAGGAAUACGGGCUUUAUUGGACACUGUAAUGCAAGCAUUGCCUCAAGUGGGCAACUUGGGUCUGCUCUUCUUCCUGCUGUUCUUCAUCUUUGCUGCCCUUGGCGUGGAACUAUUCGGACGGCUCGAAUGCUCCGAAGAGAUUCCCUGCCAAGGCCUGGGGGAACAUGCACAUUUCGCCAAUUUCGGAAUGGCUUUCCUCACAUUGUUUCGCGUAGCGACUGGCGAUAAUUGGAACGGCAUCAUGAAGGACACGUUGAGAGAUAAUUGUGAUGACGCGGCGGAUUGCGUUCGCAACUGUUGCGUUAGCUCAGUUAUAGCUCCCAUUUUCUUUGUGAUAUUCGUGCUAAUGGCGCAAUUCGUGUUAGUGAACGUCGUCGUGGCUGUACUGAUGAAACACCUCGAGGAGAGCCACAAACAGAUGGAAGAUGAAAUGGACAUGGAAGUCGAACUGGAACGAGAAUUGGUGCGGGAACAGGAGUUUGUGCAAGAACAAAAGCUCUGCGAACAGCUGCAGCAGGCGAAGAAGCCGGCUCCGGCCCAGCGCCAGUUGGGCAAGGUCAAAUCACUGCCAAUGAACUUCACCUACAAUACGCCCUCGCUGGAGAAGAAAUUCCCCAGUCUGGUGCCGCCGGUUGCGGGUAACCGCCGUCAAACAGUCCAGUAUUUCAAUCAACACAACGGCCUGGGGCUGGCCGAAAUUGGUGGGGCAUUCAAGACGCAGACUCUCACGCCUCUGGUCACGGAUCCGGCUGCCACUGAGGAGAAUAGUUUCGAUUCGAAACUGCAAAUUCCACCCACGAUGAGACGCGGCAGACGCUGUUCCACUGUGCUGCGCAAGCGUGGCAUUCUAACGAAAGAACGAUCUCUCGACGAACAGGCGAUACGUCGUCGCAAUCUUGAGUCGAAACGCAUGAGUUCAGAUUCGUUGCCCUGGUGUGGCGGCGAGGGCGCUGAAUUCCGCAGCGGCACAAUUUUCGAAAGCCUCGAAUCCGAUGGCAGUCCAUCCUCCACCUAUGAUCUGCACAGUAUACGCAGUGAAGAGGUGCCGCGUAACAUUUCCGAUACGGCCAGUAUCGUCAGUGCAGUGGUCAGCGAAAAGCCCCUCAAUGUGGCGCCCUGUAGCAGCAGUAGCAGUGGGUCGGCGUUGCGCCGACCCUAUGGCCGUUCUAUGUCGACAGACCCCAGUUUCUUGGCUCCUGCCCGCACCAACCUUUUGUCAGUGCCACGUUCCAUGCCACCACGCAGCCGCAGCGGCAGCACAAAGCAGCUCUUCAAACAGCAGGCUCUAGACGAAGACCCAGAUAUGGACGAGAGUUCCUUGUUGUUGCCCGUUGUAGUAGAAAGUGGCUCUCUUACAACAGGCAGCAAACAAAAUGGCAACAAAACGGCGACAGACCCCGCGGACAUUGUCAUAGCCGAGGGUCUGUCCAAGUCCGAUUCUGCGGAAAUCUUACGCAUCAUUUCGGAACGGAGGCGGGUCGAGCAGCGAGAUAAUAGCGGCAACGAAGAUUCCGAUUACAACGAACUGUUGCUGGUGAAAUCGCCACAAUCCUCGAUGGAUGGCUAAAAGCUGUUGCCCUUCUUCAGACACACACACACAAACCAACCAACAAACAAACAUAUACAUCCAACCAACCAACCAAACCACCCACCCACCUGUUAUCAUGGCCACAAACUACAACCAAUUUAGUAAUAUAGUUACGAUUUCCCCAACCUCCCCUCCCCCCUUGUAUGUAUAUUUAUAUGUAAAUGUAGAUUUGUACACAAACAAACAUUAGAGAAGUAAGUAGCGUUACAUGAAAAUACUUUUAACCUAACUCUGUUUAUAUGCGAUGUUGUUAAAUAAGUACCAUCUGAUCAUCCUGUUAGGAAAGUGACUUUACACCAUGGCCCAUAUCAAGGUUUAAUUGGUUUAGAAAGUUUCGGAACAAAAGAAAAAAUACUUAGUUUUGAUCAAAAGAGAAUAGAAAAAAGUUAGGAAAGGAAGAUAUUUAAAGACGGGUCCUAUAUAUUUCACCUCAUACGAUUCAUAGGGACUGACAAAACUCCAAGGUUUUCAAAAGUGUUUAGCGCCAUGUACAAACAAAAUUAAAAAACUACACAUACACACACACAAACAUAUACAAAUAUUGUUUAAAAUCUCCAUUGAAAUUUUAGCCAACAAAUAACUCUAAUCAGUAGUAGGUCAACAAAUAUGACGAACUUCAAUUGAAACCUAAAACCUGUAAUGAUAAGAGAAACUGAAUUUGUGACGAAGGACUUACACGCCAACAUUCAUGACGAAUUACGACGAGAUUUUCGGAAAUAUUUCCGAAAUAUCAUAAAUUAGCUAUUGAUGAGACUACGAUCUUAGUGUGUAUAUCGAAAUAUGUACAUAUGUAUGUUUUGUACAUUUUAUAAUUAUCUCCAAACAUGUAGUGUAGUGCAUUCUAUUUCAUUUACAUUAUUUGUUAAUAUUUUAUUAGUUUUAUCCUUUGUUUUUGUAGUGAAAAAAACUUUUCUCUUCUUUUACAGUUGGAUUGAGAAGGUCAAUUUUUUAAAUUAUUUUUUUUAAUUGGUGGCUAUAUAUGAAAUGGUGGCAACUCGGGCAGCCAGAAACUCAUGCUUAGCAAACUUAAGGCUCUAUCAGACGAUAUGUUUUUUAAAUUUUCCAUAUGUCAAAGAUGCACACAUCGUGUGAUACAUGGAUGACAUUUCAGUUGUCAAAUACAUGAGUAAAGUACAUACCAUGGUAGAAGAAUACAGGUGGAUGCAUCAAUGCUUGGAAACAUUGAUAUGUCAAAAUGUAUGCCUUUUUUUUUUUGAAAAAUAUUCGGAAGGUCAAUUUUUUAUUUAUUUAUUAUUAUUUUUUUUGUUAAUUGGUGGAUUUAUGUCAAAUGAUGGCAACUCGGGCAUCCGGAAGCUCAUGCUUAGUAAACUUAAGGCUAUAUCAGACGAUAUGUUUUUCAAAUAUCUAGUGUCAAAUUUUCCACAUGUAGAAGUUGCACACAUAGUGUGAUACAUGGACGACAUUUCAGUUGUCAAAUACAUACCAUGGUAGAAGAAUAAAGGUGGAUGCAUCAAUGCUUGGAAACAUUGUUAUGUCAAAAUGUAUGACAUUUUUUUUAAAUAUGAAGAUUUUUAUAUGUUUUCUUAUACGACGCCAACGGGAGAUUGUUAUGACAUGCAUUUUUAAAACAUUUUCACAAAUUUGAAUAACUUUUUAUUAAAAAUACUCAAUUCAAAAAUUGGUUUAGCAGUUCAUUGUCCCAUGAUAGAUGCCUCAACGCUUGGGAACAUUGAUAUGCCAACAAUCUUAAAAUGUUUUUUCAAAUAUAAAUAUAAAUAUAUUUCUAUUUUUUUUUCUUAUACGAAGUCAAUCGAGGGUUAUUAUAAAAUGCGCUUUUCAAAAAUUUUUACAAAUUUCAAUAAUGUUUCAUUGAAUAUUUUCAAUUUUAAAAUUGGUUUGACAGUUCAUUGUUCCAGCAGCUGUGUCAAUGCGGCUACCUGUAUUCUUCUUCCAUGGUAUAUACGCACUUUUCGAUCACAGCGAGCCCUAUUUUCAACGAAAAAAUCGAAGAGUCUUUAAUCAAAGUGUUGUUUGUUUGUUGUGUAAAAAUUUAUAAAUUUUAAUUUGCGGUAAAAAGUCAUUCAUAAAGUAUUGUCAACUUUCAAGAAAAUAUAAUAUAAUCAUGGCUCAAUAAAAAAGGUUGACCAACUUCAAAAAAACUAGAAAAAUGCAACUCUGUGCUGGAGUCUUAUAGUGUCAAAUAGACUUUUAAAAUAUGCAACAGUUGGUUUUGUUAAUUUUUAUUUUUUAAACAAAAUUCUUAUAUUGGGAAAAAUCCGCGUGACAAGAAUUGAGUUUCGGGGUUAUUCAACAAUCUAAAAUAGUAGGGUAAUACAGUUUUAUUACAAAAUUGAACAAUUUACGUCGAAAAAUUGCAUUUAUUUUGCAACCAAACCUGCAAGAAUCUCCUAGUUUUGCAAUUUUUUUUUUCGAUAUCAUAAAGGGAAAAUCGGUUAUUAUAGUAAAAACUUUUAAAUUUUUGCAGUUCUGGAACAGACCAAUUGUAUUUUUUAUUCAAAAAAAAAAAAAACAGACAUACACAAAAUGUGUAUAUUUUUUGACAAAAUAAGGCCGCCAAAAGAAAAAUAAUUUAUUUGUGGGGAGGCUUUGUUCUAUCUUCUCUAAUUGUACCAUGAAUAUAACCACAAUAUAACCAAAUUAAAUAUAAAAAACAUAUGCAAGUGUGUGAUGGCAAAAAUUCAUGUCAUAUGUAAAAUGGCAAUUUUGACAUACACACGGAAAUACACACGGAUAAUAAAAGUGACAGUACACAGGAAAAACCCUUAUCGUCUGAUAGCAGCCUUAACAAACUGAAUAUUUACAUAAACGACAUUUGAUGAAUUUCCUAUGUGUAAACCUGCGUUUAUCGACUUUGCGUUAAAAGCAGGAGGUUUAAAUGCAUUAAGGCUCUAUCCGACGGUAUAUUUUGUACAUACAUAAUGAUAAAUGAAGAAGUGAUACACAUCGUGUGUUCAGUUGUGAAAUACAAGAGUAAAGAACAUAUGUACAUUUUCAAUCACAGCGAUCCCUAUUUUCAUAGAAAAAAUACAAUUUUUUAGAAAAUGCAAUAUAAUCAUAAUUUCACCAAAGGAAAUAGAAAAGCUUAUGCAAGUAUGUGAUAGCAAGAAUUAUGAGUCAAAUUUGACACACACAUACCCGGAAAUACACGUGGAUAAUAAAUAUGGCAACCCUUAUCGUCUGAUAACAGCUUUAGGGUUUACAUAAACGACACUCGAUUAAUUUCGUAUGUGUAAACAUGCGUUUAGCUACUUUGCAUCAACAUCAUUUUGUUUAGAUGCAUUACAAAAAGCAUGCCACAAAGACUUGAUGUGUGGCCAGGCCUCACAGUAUUAUGUUUCAAAAACGGUGUGGCCACACAUCAAAACUAAUUAUUCGAAUAAUUAUGGGAGUGGAUUCUUGUUCUAUGAAAAGAUGAAGUGAAAAAUAUAUCCUUUGUAAAAUUUUUCAUUUGACAUAUAUUUCCUUUAUAAAAGUUUUCGUUUCACCUUUUCACAGAACAAGAAUUGAGGCCAAGAAGAGAAUAGUUAUGUAAAGAGCAUAAGUUUAUUAAAAUAUAUUGUUUGUUAUUUUUACUAUUUAUAAACAUUUUUUUUUUGUUUUGUUAUCAAUAAAUUGUAAAAUAUUGUUAUUUUCAUAAAUAAAAUAUAUUCAUAAUUUAGACAUUUUCAUUUUCUUUUUAUUUUUCAUUUUGUUGUAUAAACACUGUUUUGCGAAAAGUUCAAUUGAAGACCUCAGCAGAAUGAAUGCUACAUGGUAGAAUUAAGAAGGUUAAGACAUUUCAAAUAAGCCAUACAUUUUCUGUAAUUUAACUUGUCAAAAUAAACUGAAUAGAAAACAGGUUCCCAUCUCUGAUUUGGAAAUUAGAUGUUGCCAAAUGUAUAAUUUUUAAAAUUAUGUAAGCACUGUUUUUACUGGCUUACCUUCUUAAUUCUACAAUGGAAAGCUACUUAGAAGAUUUUUCUCAAUUAUUGGCAAGGCAAGAAGCCUGCCAUAAAUAAAAUAAAAAAGAGGUGAGAAGAAGCCUGUAUUAAGCUCCAUAAAAAAAGGAUUUCAUUGUGUCUGCUUUCAUUCCAAGUUUUGUUUUUGACGCUUCUAGAAGCCAAUGUCUUCAUUCUGUUCGGACCCCUUUUUCCUACUGCAUGUUGUUUUAGAAUUCAAGUUAACUGUUUUAUAUUCUUGUUCAAUAUUUCUUUUAAAGAAAAUGGAACGGAAUUGCUUUACAUGACAUGGUUUUGUAUAUUUUUUAAUUGCAAAUGUUGAAAUUUUUUGAGUUCUCAAUUGAUUAAUUUUCCAAAUUCUUCCUGAACUCCCAACAUAUGUUGUAAAUGUCCCCAUAUACAUAAUUCAGUUGUAAUAAUGUCGAAAUGUUUUUUUCGGUUCUUGUUGAGUUCAAUAGAAACCAUUCCCUUCAGAUCAUCACGAUAAAGAGAGAGGCAACUAUUGUUUUGGCAUAAACCCCAGGUGCAGUCUUUGUUCAAUUUAAAGCCUGUAUUUCGUUGCACUAAUUCAACAAAAAAAAAAGAAACUCAUCGUCUCCUCUGAUAAAGGGAGUUCUACUUAUAUUAUAUCUAAUCGUACGUUUUCAUACAGUUUAUACUAGUUUAAUUUGUACGUAAGCUUUUUUUCAAAUACAAUUUCCAGUUCCAUAAAAAAUAUAUUUAAGUGAAAUUGAUGUGUGACCAGCCCGCUUGAAACAAGAAAAAACCCCUUAUUUUGUGAAUAAAUCCAAACCAAUUUCUAAAAACGGCUGGAUAAAGUUUUUCAUAAGAAAUGUUAAUUUCAGAUAGAUAUUUUUUUUGUUUAGGUUAUAAGUUGCAUUAUUUUUGACGCAAACUUUAGAUUUGUAAAUUGAUGUGACUCCUUGUUUUGUAUAGGAACAUUUAGAUAUCGUUUACAUCAAUCACGUUUUAAUAAAGCGCGUCAUUUAUGUUGUCAGUAUCAUUUAUAUAAAAUGCAUCGAAAAAGAAAAGAUUUUGCACAAACAUGAUUUUUCCUGUUAUUGUGUUUAAGCUUCUUCUUCUUCUUCUUCAAUGUAAACAAACAUUAAACUAUGAUUUUAUACCUGAGCACAUUUCAAUUUACCUACUUUUGUCGAAAUUGCAUUUCAGAACAGCAAAAAUAAUAAUGUCCAUAAAAGCUCACAUUCGAUAACUAAAUAUUAGGCAGUGUUUACAUUAAACUAGUUUUAACAAAUCUGUCAUUUAAGUUGUCAAUUUCAGUGAAAAUGUGGCAAAUAAAUGAUUGGCUUUACUGAAAACGGUUUAAGGUGAACUUAUAUUGUAUGUAAACAAAUACAUAUAUUUUUCCUUUAAAAACUCUUGAACCAAUCUUUUUAUGGACAAAUUUCAAAGUGGUUUAUUUAAAAUGAAUCUUUUCAAUUUUUUAUUUAAUGAACAAAAAUUUAUAUGUAAAACUCUAUUUGAAAUUUAACUUUUUGAAAAGCCAAACUCUUAACGAAAACCCAACACCACUAAUAUGCCAUUUUGUCAAAUAAAUCAGAUUUAUUUUGGUUUAAAAGGUCCACAUUUGACUUAUCAAAUCGCCAUCUUUCCAAAUCAGUAAAAAGCAAGGAGAACAAACUAUUUUCGAAUAGUGGCAACUUAAUUGAUUAACCUUUUAGGUUAGUUGACUUUUGCUAGCUUUGGUCAGUGUGGUGAAUUGUUAAGACAAUGCCUGCAAAAAACCAAUAAAUCUAUAUGUGCCACUUGCAUUAACUUUUACUAAAUUAUUUCUCCUUACUUUCGGUCUAAACAAGAUAUUGCAACUUUAGUAUUGUUGAAAUCCACAAAACCUGUUAAAGCGGUAAAAAGCAAAGAGAAGGAACUCUGCUUCCAGAGUGACAUCUUAAUUAACUAAUUUUUUCGAUAAUUAAUUGACUUUUGCUACCUUUAACAGAUUGAGUGCAAUAAUACAUUAGUUGAUUCUGUCUAUUGCAGAUCGAGUAAGACACAAACAAUUGCCCCUGGAAAUAUAAUUUAUUUAUAAGAUAUAUGCUUUAGAUUUAUUUGUAAUAAAUUAAGUAAGGAAAACAAGAUAUUUUGUUAACAAAUGAGUGCUAAAUAUAUAUUAACAAUGGUUAAUAUUAAAAUCCCAUCUCUGCCCAUCAAAUGAAGUCUGCUUCUUCUUUUGCAAUGAGGAAUGAUGUCAUGCCAUUUGAAAUGAUAACACAUUGUUCUUUCUUGUAAUUCUAAAACAAUUAACAGUUAAUUAUACAAUAUUCCAUGCAAAGUUAAUGUAAAAUUUAACAUAUUAGCAUACAUUUAAGCUUAAUUUUUUUAUCCUGCCCACAGCGUCCUUGUCGGAUUGUUUGAAAAUGUAAAGUCCUAGCACAAGAUUGGUAAUCACAAUCUAAAGUUGCAGUUUAUUAAAUUUGGAUGGCAAGGUUGAGUAAAAGGCUUAAAAGGCUAAAAUGAGAAAUAAAAGCUAAAUUUUAACAAAUUUAUAUUAAUAACAUAGCUUUACUUAUAAUCAUUUCAGUGAGGAUUUGUUUCAAAGCUCUGUGGCUAUUCCAGAUUUGUUGUUUUAAUAUUUCUUUGAAAUUACUCUUUUUUUAAUUAAAAUAUUUUGCUGUAAAACUAUAGUCCUAUACCAAAAUGGCUAUUUAUAUAUUUAGCACUCUUUGUCCUAUUUCGAUUGUAUUAUUUAUCUACUGUAAAAAUAUUUGUUAAAAGCUUCUUUUACAAUCAAAAUCAUGUACCCAAAAAUUGUGCAAAAACCCUACUAAAUUGUUAAAAAAAACACCUGCAUAUAGUUGUUAUUAAACGGAUUUAUAUACCGACAUAUAUUAUAUACAUAUUAAUUGUAGAGAAAAAAAUGUUUAAAAAAAAACUACAACAAAAAAGCAUUUAUAGUAAUUUUUGCGGGGAUUUCUGGAAGUCUUAAAAUAAUGUCAUUUUAAAACAUAACCUCAAAUGUGGAAUUGUAAAUAAAACCAAUGUUCCAGAAUGAUAAAGUUAUGACCCCCUCCCCCAAAACAAAAACUAAAUUUAACAAAAUUUGCAUGACUCAGCUAAAGAAAUGAAACCCAAACCAAGAAGUGUUUAUAAAAUCGCCACCCAAAACACAAAAUUAUAUAAAUAAAUAACUAUUAAAGUAGUGUUAAGCUAGAAUUAUUAACAAUAAGCAAAAGAUUAGUAUUAAUACUUUUACUUACAUACAUUACCUGGAUCCUCAUACAUUCAUAACCAAAACCAAGCUACCUAACAAAACAUACAUACAUACAUUCACACAAACCAAAAAAAUAACUAUGUAUGUCUAAAUUCAAAUAAAGCAGGUGCUUUGUCUGUGAUCUAUAAAUAAAGCAAAUUUUCUGUCUCAAAGAAGAUUUCUUUAUCCCAAACAAAAAAUAAAAAGAAAAAAUACAACAACAAUAUUGUAUAAAUUAUAGCUGUUGGCGACAUAAUGUUCGCAAAAACACUCUUUUUAAGCCAAGAUAACAAAAUAAUCAUCAACGAAUUGUGAACUUAAUACUCCUUAUCUACAAGUCUUAACUAACUAUUACACAAAAGUCAAUUCCUUUCUAUAAAAAGAAAAA